AUGGAGCUCAGGGACCCUGAGAACCACGAGGAUGGGGACCCAGAGGAGGACACAGCUACAGCCCUCCAACGGCUCGUGGAGCUGACAGCCACCAGGGUGACCCCAGUGAGGAAUCUGCGUGUCCAGUAUCGCCUCAUCCGAAAGCUUGGCUCAGGCUCCUAUGGCCAAGUGCUCCUCGCCCGGCCUCGCCAAGGGGGUCCGGCUGUGGCCCUGAAGCUCCUAAAUCGAGACUCAGUCCUGAGAACCACCUUCCUGAGGGAGUUCUGUGUGGGCCGCUGCGUCUCAUCACACCCAGGCUUGCUGCAGACCCUGGCAGGACCCCUGCAGACCCCCCGGCUCUACGCCUUCGCCCAGGAGUAUGCGCCCUAUGGGGAUCUCAGCGGGAUGCUGCAAGAGCCGGGCCUCCCCGAGCUGCUGGUGAAGCGGGUGAUGGCCCAGCUAGCCGGAGCCCUGGACUUCCUCCACAGCCGGGGACUGGUCCACGCGGACGUGAAGCCUGACAAUGUGCUGGUCUUUGACCCCGCCUGCAGCCGUGUGGCUCUAGGAGACCUGGGCCUCACUCGACCUGAGGGCAGCCCGACCCCUGCCCCCCCGGGGCCGCUGCCCUCUGCCCCACCGGAGCUCUGUCUCCUGCUGCCCCCCGAUACCCUGCCCUUGCGGCCAUCCUUGGACUCCUGGGGCCUGGGGGUGCUUCUCUUCUGCGCCGCCACGGCCUGUUUCCCUUGGGACGUGGCCCUGGCCCCCGACCCCGAGUUCGAGGCCUUUGCUGGCUGGAUGACCACCAGGCCCCAGCCACCCCAACCACCGCCCCCUUGGGACAGGUUUGCACCCCCGGCUCUGGCUUUGCUUCAGGGGCUUCUGGACCUGGAUCCUGAGACGAGGAGCCCCGCACUGGCUGUCCUGAACUUCCUGGGGGACGACUGGGGGUUGGAGGGGAACAGAGGGGGACCUGGGGGCUUGGGGAGCAUGUCUGGGGAGGAUGGGGAGGAGGACGAGGGGGGAUCAAGCUUGGAGGAGUGGACAGAGGAGGAGGAAGAGGAACCCAAGGGCCCUGCCCCCAGUCCCUCCUCCCUCAAGCACCCUUCCCUGAAUGUGUCUCCUUGA